GUUUUCGCAAUAGUCCGAAAAUGGAUGAACAUGUUCAGUUAUCAGAUGUAGAAAUUGUUGCAUUAAAUAAAUUUCCUCAAGCUUCUUUCAAAAGUUUUGUUCUAUAUAUAUUUGAACUUUUUAUAAAUGCAAAGGAUUCAGAAAAAAUAUUAUGUGAUUUUGAAAAUUUUUGCAGCGAUAUUGGGGCAAAUUUUGGGGCAACAAAAAGCUUGGUCACUUCUUUUUUAUCCUUUCUUCGGGACGCAACAAAACGAUGCUUGUCUUAUGAUAUAAUUUUUGACCGUCUUCGAAAAUGCGGUUUAUCCGAAGAAAAAUCAACAACAGUUUGUGAAGUGUGGAAAGAGAAGUUUACUUUGCUUUUUCAAGCUGUAGACAAAAUAUUUGCAACUAAUCAACUUGUGGAUAUGGAGUGGAAAUUUGGUGUAACAGCAGCAACAUCAGAAAACAAUUUAACAGGUCAAUCAUUCUUGCAAUUAAAACUUGUCUUAGACAAAGGGAACAAACAAACAGAAAGUCUCAACAUGGAGUUGACAUUGCCACAGUUUUAUACAUUUUUGCAUGAAAUGGAGAAAGCUCGUUCAAGUUUUGAAUUGAUUUAGUUUUUAUUAUUUUCAUACAAAUAUUAUAAGCAAGUUGUAUGUAUGACCUUGAGUUGCAUUUAAUUAGUUUUAUUUU